UUAUCGACGCAGAAUAAUUAAGAAUAAUUUCGCAGGCAAGUUGCGAUUACAAUAAACUUACAUUAUAAAAGGAUAAAGGGUUGACAAAUAGAAGUCAUUAACGUAAACACUUUUCUUUUAAAUCAGCUGUGAAAUAUAUGUAUAACCUGAGAAUAUGGCAGAAGUUCAAAGAGAAAUUGCCGGAGAAAAAUCAAAACCAAUAUUUCGUAACUUAACAGCAGAUGAUCCAGAGCCGGAAAUGACAGAAAUAGAAAGUCUAUGUGUAAAUUGUGGAAAAAAUGGCAUUACCAGACUUCUUUUAACAAAAAUACCAUAUUACAAAGACAUUGUGAUAAUGUCUUUUGAUUGUGAACACUGUGGCUUUCAAAAUAAUGAAAUACAGAAGAGUGGAAAGAUUGCAGAAAAAGGAAUCAGAAUAACAUUAGAAGUUAAAUCACCUAGAGAUUUAAAUCGCCAAGUAAUUAAAUCUGAUUAUACCAGUGUGAAAAUUCCAUGUUUGGAUUUUGAAGUCCCCUCUGGAUCACAAAAAGGAGAAGUAACAACAGUUGAGGGAAUAAUAGAAAGAACCAUCAAUGGAUUGGAACAAGAUCAACCAGAAAGAAGAAAGCAACAUCCAGAUGCUGCAGCUCAGAUUGAUCAGUUUAUUGAAAAGCUGCAGAAACUUGAAUCUUUAGAUGAACCUUUUGCUAUGAUAUUUGAAGACAUAUCAGGGGAAUCUCAUGUGCAGAAUCCAAAUGCUCCAUUAAAGGAUGAAAAUUGUACGGUAACACAUUUUAAAAGAACAACAAAGCAAGAUCACAUUUUAGGCAUUUAUGAAGAAACUUCAGAAGAUACUUUAUUAAAACCUAUCAAAGAAGGGGAAUAUACACUGGAGCAAAUUGAAGGUGAAGUAUUGUCUUUCAGGACAAAUUGCCCAGAGUGUAAUUGUCCUUGUGAAACCAACAUGAAGAUGACCAAUAUUCCCCAUUUUAAGGAAGUGGUAAUUAUGGCAACAGUUUGUGAAGCUUGUGGACAUAGAACCAAUGAAGUUAAAAGUGGCGGAGGUAUCGAAACUACCGGGGUAAAAAUAGAAGUAACAGUGGCAGGGAAAGACGACUUUAGUCGCGAUUUAUUAAAAUCUGAAACCUGCCACAUGGAAAUACCUGAAUUGGAACUGGAGAUUGGUCCUGCUACUUUAGGCGGCCGAUUUACCACUGUUGAGGGUAUUUUAGUAGCAAUCAAAGAACAAUUAUCAACAUCAACAGCUUUUACUGGCGACAGUAACGAUCCCGAAACUGUGAAAAGAAUGGAAACGUUUAUAUCUCAAUUAAACGAGAUAUUACAAGGAAAACGGAAAGUAACUUUAGUAUUAGACGACCCAGCAGGUAAUAGUUACAUACAAAGCCUCUCGGAUGAAGGAUUGGAUAGUGGUUUAAAAAUCACUAAAUACGAGAGGAAUUUUGAACAAAAUGAAGAACUAGGAUUGAAUGAUAUGAAAGUAGAUAACUAUUAAGCAGUCAUCAGAAUGAUCCCUAAUAUAAGUCAAUGUCAAUAGUGUCAAUAUGAUGUAUCUGGUUUUAACGCAACAAAAAAUUGUAUUAUAAAUGUACACUACACUAUGUAAAUACAUAUUUUUUAAUGAA